AUGACGUUUUUAGAAGAUACACUCAUCGUGUUAAUAUCACAAGCCAUAUUCUUCAUAGGCGGCUGGAUAUUCUUUGUGAAACAACUUUUUCGUGAUUAUGAAGUGCAUCAUCUACUUGUACAGUUAAUAUUUUCAGUUACGUUUGCCCUGAGUUGUACAAUGUUUGAACUUAUUAUAUUUGAAAUCAUCGGCUAUUUGGAUUCCAGUUCAAGAUAUUUUCACUGGAACCUCGGUCUUUAUUCCCUUCUGUUCAUGGUAAUAGCCCUCAUACCUUUCUACAUUGCAUAUUUCUGCAUCAGUAAUGUAAGAUUUGUCUCCAAAAAUAUAAUAAGGCCACUCACUAUAAUGGUUUGGUUUAUAUAUUUGUAUUUCUUCUGGAAAAUAGGAGAUCCAUUUCCAAUAUUAAGUCCAAAACAAGGUAUAUUUUCCAUUGAGCAAGGUGUAUCGCGUAUCGGAGUGAUUGGCGUUACUGUAAUGGCCCUUUUAUCUGGUUUCGGUGCCGUGAACUAUCCUUAUACAUCAAUGGCAAUAUUUAUAAGACCAGUAACACAAUCAGAUGUGCUAUCAAUAGAGAAAAAAUUGCUACAAACUAUGGACAUGGUUUUGGUUAAGAAGAAACGAAUAGCUUUAGCAGAGUCUAAUAGUAGCCGGAACUAUAUGAAUCAAUCGGUUGAAAACAGAGGAUUUUGGUCAAAUAUUUUAUCAAGUGUCGGAAAUAUCGCUAAUCCUUUAAGCCAUAAUGCUGAAAAUAUAACUCAACUUCGUCAAGAGAUCUCAGCACUUGAAGAACUAAGUCGACAAUUAUUCUUAGAGGCUCAUGAUGCUCGUAGUAUGAGAGAGAAAAUAGAAUGGUCUAGAACAUUCCAGGGAAGAUACUUCAAUUUCCUUGGUUAUUUCUUCUCUCUGUAUUGCGUAUGGAAGAUAUUUAUUUCGACCAUAAAUAUAGUGUUUGAUCGUGUUGGUAAAAAAGACCCAGUGACUCGCGGCUUGGAACUUGUGGUGCAUUGGUUGGGAUUGAAUAUUGAUGUUUCGUUUUGGUCACAACACGUAUCAUUCAUAUUAGUUGGAUGUAUCGUCCUUACUAGCAUACGAGGGUUACUACUUACUUUGACUAAGUUUUUCUACAAAAUAUCGUCGUCGAAAUCGUCAAACAUAAUAGUAUUAAUACUGGCUCAGAUUAUGGGCAUGUAUUUCUGUUCAUCCGUACUAUUAAUGCGUAUGAACAUGCCGCCGGAGUAUCGAAUCAUUAUAACACAAGUUCUGGGAGAUCUUCAAUUCAAUUUCUAUCACCGCUGGUUCGACGUCAUAUUCUUAGUUAGCGCUCUAACAAGCAUUUUUACUUUGUACUUGGCUCAUAAGCAACCAUCUGUCAAUUAA